GGUCGUCGUACACAAACGACGCUGUUCCUUCAGUCGCUUGCCGAACGUGAGUGAAGAGCAUUGGGUAGUGAUUCUUUGUCGCAAUGGCUGAAGUGUUCAAACUUGGUGAUUUAGUAUGGGCAAAAAUGAAGGGAUUCUCACCUUGGCCAGGCCGGGUAUCCAACCCGUCCAAGGACUUGAAGAAACCAGCUAAUGCCAAGAAGAGUGCUGUUCAGUGUAUAUUUUUCUUUGGAACAAAUAAUUAUGCUUGGAUUGAAGAGUCCAACAUUAAACCAUACCACGAGUAUAAAGAUACCCUCAUCAAGUCCAACAAAUCUGGAGCAUUCAAAGACGCAGUUGAAGCAAUCGAAGAUUUCAUCGCAAAAGGAGAGGUUUUCGAAGAUGGUCUAGACCCGGACUCUCUGUUUGAUAGAUUGAAAGAAGACUCUAUUAUUGUAGAGAAGAAGACGCCCAAAAUAAAACUGCGCAAGGAGACGCCAAAGACUAGAAGAUCUGACAGCAGUGGAGGCGAAGGGCGCAGGUCAGCUAAGAAACAACGACGAGAGUCUAGCACCAGCAACAGCAAUAGAGACACACUCGAAAGCGUCAGUCCCAGCUUAAAUCAUUCUUCAUCUCCAAGGAAGUCUGCCUCCACGCUCCUCGAUAGGCCUGCUAAUAUCGCCAGACCUGUGACACCUCCGUUGGACGUUGAGACGUUGUCGCAGACAUUGAAGGAAAAAAAUAUCCUACCAUCAACGUUGAAGUUCGGAUUUCUCGGUCUGGGGAUCAUGGGAAGCGGAAUAGUAAAGAACCUUAUCAAUAGCGGGCACAGCGUCAUUGUCUGGAAUAGAACACAGGAAAAGUGUACAGACUUUGUAAAAGCUGGAGCAGAACAGGGACUGACACCGUCCGAUGUAGUUUUGGCAGCUGACAUCACUUUUUCAUGUGUAGCUGAUCCACAGGCUGCAAAAGAUAUGGUCUUCGGCAACUGUGGGGUAUUGAUGGAAAUUUCACCAGACAAAGGGUAUGUAGAGAUGACGGGAAUCGACGCGGAAACUUCCCAGGAUAUUGCGGAGGCAAUAAACGCUAAGGGCGGACGCUAUUUGGAAGCGCAAGUCCAAGGCAGCAAAACACAAGCGCAAGAAGGAACUUUGGUCAUUUUGGCUGCUGGCGAUCGUUCUCUUUUCGACGAGUGUCAGUCCUGCUUUGAGGCGAUGGGGAAGAACAGCUUUUAUCUAGGCGAAGUGGGUAACGCCUCGAAAAUGAACUUGGUAUUGCAAUUGAUGGCCGGGGUUACGCUCGCCGGACUAGCGGAAAGUAUGGCUCUUGCCGAUCGCGCCGGACUACAGCAAAAAGAUGUGUUGGAAGUCCUAGAACUGACCUCUUUGGCCUGCCCCGCUGUCCUCGACAAAGGAAAAGCUAUUAUCGAGGGAGGAUUCCCCACUCAACUACCGCUUCAGCAUAUGCAGAAAGACUUGAGACUUUCACUUGGGAUGAGCGAUCAGCUAGAACAACCCCUGCCGCUAGCCGCUGCUGCGAACGAGGUUUACAAACACGCCAAACGCCUUGGCUAUGGCGAACACGAUGCCUCGGCUGUCUACAUCAGAGCCAGGUUCUAACAGGCUCUUGUAUCCUUGAAUCCUGGGCAAUUGCUAAUUUUUAUUUAUUGCAAUAGCUACAAUCUGUGUCUCCCAAUGAUAAUGCAACAACUCUCGACACACGGACAGAGAAAACAACAAGUCUCGUCUUAGAACCGGAACUUUUUUUCUUUUUCUACACACUCGUAAUCUUAGCAGCAUCUUAUCCACGGAACACAAAUUUUUUAUUCGUGUGCUUUUUAUUGAAUAUCUAUGUGAGAUAAGAUCCGGAUAAAUUAGCGAUUCAGUUUCUCCCCAAUGCGCAGUGGCGUACGUGAAAAUUCAACGGAUUAGCGAGCGAAGGCAUUUUUUUUUUUUCAAGACUAGACUCUGCAGUCUGCGUUGAAGUAACCAAAAAAUACCAGAGAAUGUAUACGAAAGUAUAUGCUUCGGAGAGUGGUUGGGUCUUAGCAAAGUAUAAUCGAUUCUCUUUGGCUCUGAGAAAAGAAAAAUUUCUAUCUAAUCCUUUAGGUACACUUAUACUCAUUUUGCUAAGUUAUCGUUGUCAUGGCGUCGAAGCACUCACUUUCUUAUCCUCGGUAAUUUUGGUAGAUACCAUUGGUAUCGUUACUUGCACUUGACCACCGCGCAAUUCACAAGUACUCCUGCACACGUAUAUAUCUUCAUAUAUAUAUAUAUAUAUUAGAACAUCAUGUAAGCGAUAAGCGAAGGAGAGAGAUGACGUUACAUGCCUUAAACUACAUUACCGUUAAGUCAUGCUGUUAACAACGUAAUUUACCGUAUAGGUAUGUCUAUGCCGGGCUUGAGCAUAAUAUUUGUGUUCUAAAGUACACGUCAAACAUAUUCUUUCCCGUAUGAAUAAUCUCCAGAUUUAAACAUUUUCAUAUUCCUAUCAUACACAAGUUUAGGAAUUUUACUCAGCGUACUAAUAAUUUGAUCGUGAAAUAUCUUAGAUUGACGUAGCCCUUGAAGCUGUAUGAAUAAUGAGACAAAGAAUUGAAUUUGUAAAUUAAUAAAAAAUGCUGAUUUUAUUAUUUUUUUGUAUAAAUUUCGUUAACAUUACGGUCAGAGAGGAGACCAUACCGGGAAUGAACGAUUGUUCUUCUGAAUAAGAAGAAUUUUAGAUUAUAAUGACAACCCGCAGAGAUAUAGAUAUGACUGUGCUUCAUUAAGUUUGCGUUUAUAAAUAUGGAUGGAUAGCUAUUGGUUGCGUGACUCUCAUUUUAAUACUGUUCGGUGCAUGAUAUUCGAUGCAUGGUGUAAAGCAUACCGUUCACAAGAUUAUAUUUGAAUUUACUUCUCUUGGGUUCUGUAUUAAGCUUUUAAUAACGAAUACUUAAUAAUUGUUGCGAUACGCGACAAGUAUUUGUCAAAGAUUCGAAUGAAUAGCAAAAAGCUCGAUUAUUAUCACCUUUGGAGUGAUAUUACUUCAACUCCGGGCUAAUAAUUUUCAACAGAAGUUACUAGAUACUAGUGGACGGCCGAUAACCAAGACGCAGGACGACUUCGAAAUCUUAAUGUGAUCGAAAAAUAAAGAAAUAGAAGAAAAAAAAGCAUCGGCUGUAAAACGCAGGGUUAUAAAAAUGAGUACGAAGUUUCCAACGCCGCACGAGGGAUUUUAAUUGUUAUUCUAUGCAAAGUGUGAUGCGUUAUAUCGAAGUGUAGAAACCCUGCAGUGUAUAAUAGUUGGAAAAGACCCGUUCAACACGAUGGUGAGGAAUGAGCAGACACAGGGCUAUAAUAUAAUAGAGGAGACAUUUUGUAUCCAGAAAUUGAAUUGAUAAGGAUAUUCGUUAUAAAUGGAAUUACAAAGAAUUCAUUGCAUGUAGCAUAGCGAACGGCAAUGUUUAAUGGAGUAUUGGCUUAAGCGCCAUAUCAUAAUUUAAACUAGAUACAUUAAAACAUGAGAAAAAAAAAAAAAAAUAACAAUUAAAACUAACAAAGUGUAUAAUGUAAGAAACAAUAGCAUUAUCGGUACAAUUACAUAGACAAGCAUAUAUAUAAAAAAUAAGUUUACGAAUACAGAAUAGUUAAAAAGUGUGUGUGUGUGAGCAUGUAAUGUUGCCGACUUACGGCCUACACACACGUAUAUGUUUUGUCACGAUAUAAUGUUUUUGAAUAAAUAUCUAUUUGAAUUAUA